AUACGAUAUACUUUUAUAAAUUUGACGUCAACAAUACAAUUUAAUUAAAUCCACAAAUAUCCGUAAUGGCUGAUACAGAAGACAAUAUUCCUCCAGUAACCCUUGAAAACCCCAAAGAUUUAUUGAGGUUAAGUUUGGGCGAACGAAUUUAUGUUAAAACGCAACAAAACCGUGAGUUAAGUGGAAAACUUCAUGCCUACGACGAACAUGUGAACAUGGUGCUUGGCGACGCGGAGGAAACUAUAACUAGUUAUGAAAUGGACAAUGAAACUUACGGGGAGAUUUCUUUAUUUACAAAGAGAGCCAUUCCGAUGUUGUUUGUUCGUGGGGAUGGAGUUAUUUUAGUUUCAUUAAUAAAUCUUGAUAUUGUUGAUGAAAUCGACGUAUUACUAGCGAAAAUAAAAGCGGUUCAGAUAAAUUUAGAAGACGUAAACGAGAGAUUGGCGCCUACGUUUGGAAAAGAUCAAAUGGAAGCGGAGUGCGAAAAAAUCAUAGAGUACAACGAACAAGCGAUGGACGCCGUAGCAAGGUUGCAGUGCCCAAGGUUUAUAUGUUAA